AUGUUAUUUUUACACCACUAGGUGUCAACGUCGAGUCACGUUGGCUUCUACGCAGCAAAGCUCUCGCAUAACGGAGAGCUGACGUCAGAUGUCAACAGGACGCAAUCGUCUCCGCUCAGCCAAUCAGCGCUGAGUAUCACGGACUCUGGUAAAGAUGGCGUCGGUGGAGCAUCGGGGAGUUGUAACCAGACGCGUUGCCGUUUCCAAACACCACUGGUCCCGACAACGCAAGGACUGAAACGGCAGCGGGAGCGACGGUUCAUCGACCCGUUCGUCCUCUGCGUGGUGCCGUGUGGUAUCGCCGCGGGCCUGCUCUCUCUGGUUUUCGGUCUCCCUCUGCAGUCGCCUCGGUCAAGCUCGUUAGCUUCAAGUUGAAGAGCCAGCGCUAGCUCGGGGCUAGCUGUGUAGCUCCUACGGCUGCUGGGCUCUUUCUCUGGGGGCAUCCAUGGACCGAGAGCCCGGUCGGGUGUAAACAUCGGGGCCGCCUUUAGCUCUUUAAAGUUUUUUUUAUUUUUAACUUAAUCAGCCGCCCAUGCGUCACUCGGAUUGAACAUACCCCAGGUGGACCGGGGGGGAUAAGGGGCUCCGACUCUGCUGCGACACUGUAUCUCGGUGUCGAGGCACAGAUUCAUUUUUUUUUGCCGUCAUGUAUUUUCUCACCGGCUGGCCCCGGAGGCUGCUCUGCCCGCUGCGGAGCGAAGAGGAGCCCUUCCACAUCCAGCCCAGCUCUCAGCGGUUCUACUUCGCCGUGUUGUCCGAGACGCAGCUCAGCGUCUGGUUCAGUCGGCCCAGUGUUUUGAUAGUCAGCUAUAUCGAGUCUUCAAAGGCGGCAACCCAAUUUGGCUUCUACCAGAAGGCAGAAUGGAAACCAGACGACUCCAUGAUAGCUGUGGCGACUGCCAAAGGGUACAUCCUCCUGUUCGAUGUGCUGGGUGGAGGGGAUGACAAAUACCUCUAUGAGCCUGUCUACCCAAAGGGAAGUCCUCGUGUGAAAGUGACCCCAGGUUACAAGGAAGAGCAAUGUGCCCCUGCCCUGUCUUUAGAGAUGAAGAAGCCUGUGGAUCUGGAGGCCCCCAUCACCAGUCUGCAGUCCCUCCAGGAGGACCUGCUGGUGUGCACGGCAGACGGCUACCUCCAUGUGCUGCACUGGGACGGGCUGGGCAGUAACGGGCGCAAGGCCAUCUGCCUCACUACGAUCCCUUUCUCACUCGACCUGCAGUCUGCUCGAGGUGGUCCCUCUUUGGACCUGGAGGGAGUGUAUAUCCGUUGCAUGGAGUAUUGUGUGACCCUGGACGGGUACGCAGUGGUUCUGAGCGAUGGGCGCCUGGGUUUCAUCACACCGCUUAACAACACCAUCACCGCAGACCAGCUGCAGGGCGUCUGGGCGGCAGAUGUCACGGAUGGCACCUGUGUGGCUGUCAACAACAAGUACAGACUGAUGGCCUUUGGCUGCACCAGUGGCUCGGUGCUGGUGUACAUGAUCGACAGUGCAACAGGGUCCAUGCAGAUCUCCCACAAACUGGAGCUCACCCCAAAACACUACCCAGACAUCUACAACAAGACGGGCCCAGUCAAACUCAUCUGCUGGUCACCUGACUACAGUGUCGUCAUGGUUACGUGGGAGUGCGGUGGCCUAUCGCUGUGGAGCGUCUUCGGAGCUCAACUCAUCUGCACUCUGGGAGAGGACUUUGCGUAUCGUUCUGAUGGUACUAAGAAGGACCCCAUUAAAAUCUGCUCUAUGAGCUGGGGAGCAGAGGGCUACCACCUGUGGGUGCUGCCUAUCAAACAAGAGAGGAAACAGCAGGAAGAACAGCAGGACGAGGUGGAGGUGGAGAUGGAGACGGUGGAGCCUCCUCAGUCCUCCCUGCAGGCCGGCAUACUGCAGUUCCAUUUCAUCAAGAGUGCCCUCACAGUCAACCCCUGCACAAGUAACCAGGAGCAGGUGUUACUCCAUGGUGAGGACCGCCUCUACCUGACCUGCGGUGACCCCUCGCAGGUCCAGGGCAACUCUGACCCGCACACACACUUGCACCCGUGCGAUGGCAGCCCAAUGCACCCCGCCCCCAAACACGAAUCCUCUCUCUCUCAGGGACUCAGCACUUUACUGGGACACAAGCAUUGGCACGUGGUCCAGAUCCACAGCACAUACCUAGAGAGCAACUGGCCGAUAAGGUUUGCAGCCAUAGACACAGCAGGCCAGUGUAUGGCUAUAGCAGGGAGGCGGGGCUUUGCACACUACUCCUUAUUCACAAGGAAAUGGAAGCUGUUUGGAAAUAUCACUCAGGAGCAGAACAUGACGGUGACGGGAGGUCUCGCUUGGUGGAACGACUUUGUGGUGGUGGCCUGCUACAACCAUAUAGACAACCAAGAGCAGUUGAGGCUCUACCAACGCUCAUCCAACCUGGACAAUGCCUUCGCCUCGGUCACUAAGCUGCACUCCGGCACGCUGCUGCUCAACGUCUUCAGAGACAUGGUCAUCUUGUUCCGAGAAGACUGCUCCAUCUGCCUCUAUAGCAUUGAGAGGAGGAAUGACGGCCCAAACCCGUCAGCCAGCGUUGAGCUUCUGCAGGAGGUGUCCAUGUCUCGCUACAUCCCUCACCCGGCCCUCGUGGUCUCUGUCACACUCACAUCCGUGCGUACAGAGACUGGCAUCACAUUGAAAGCCCCGCAGCAGGCCUGCGUUGCAGAAAGCAUCAUGUUGAAUCUGGCUGGCCAGUUGAUCAUGCUACAGAGGGACCGCUCAGGUCCACAGGUACGAGAGAAGGAUUCCCCGGCUAAUAACAAGAAGCUGCUUCCAUUUUGUCCACCUGUGGUGUUGGCCCAGUGCGUGGAACAUGUGUGGACCACCUGUCGCUCCAACAGGAAGAAGCGCUACCUGCUGGACGCCCUGUGGCUGUCGUGUGGCGAAGCAGGCAUGAAAGUCUGGUUGCCGCUGUUCCCCCGGGACCACCGCAAGCCCCACUCCUUCCUCUCCAGACGCAUCAUGCUGCCGUUCCACAUCAACAUCUAUCCUCUGGCUGUACUGUUUGAGGAUGCCCUGGUGCUUGGGGCAACCAAUGAGACUGUGCUCUACGAUGGGCUGCAGGGAUCAGCAGAGCCACUGGAGGCGCUCUUUCCCUACUGCACAGUAGAGAGGACCUCCCAGAUCUACCUCCACCACAUCCUCAGGCAGCUGCUGGUUCGAAACCUGGGUGAACACGCUUUGAUGCUGGCUCAGUCAUGUGCCUCCCUCCCCUACUUCCCCCAUGUCAUGGAGCUGAUGGUGCAUGUGGUCCUGGAAGAAGAGGCGACAUCACGGGAGCCCAUCCCAGACCCUCUGCUGCCAACCGUGGCCAAGUUCAUCACAGAGUUCCCGCUCUUCCUUCAGACCAUUGUCCACUGCGCCCGGAAGACGGAGUACGCGCUGUGGAACUACCUGUUUGCCGCUGUGGGAAACCCCAAAGAUCUGUUUGAGGAGUGCCUCAUAGCUCAAGACCUGGACACAGCAGCCUCUUAUCUGAUUAUACUGCAGAACAUGGAGGUUCCAGCAGUGAGCAGGCAGCACGCCACCCUCCUCUUCAACACGGCGUUGGAACAGGGCAAGUGGGACCUGUGUCGGCACAUGAUCCGAUUCCUCAAAGCCAUUGGCUCAGGGGAGAUGGAGACUCCGCCCCCAACACCCACCACUCAGGAACCCAGCUCAACUGAGAUCUUUAGAAAUCGCAGCAUUAGUUUGUCUCAGUCGGCAGACUGCGUCACCACAGGAAAGUUCAACCUGCAGAAGACCUUCAGUAUGCCAGCUGGACCCUCGGCUAAAGGCCGGGAUGUGGAGUGUGCAGAGAACAUGUAUAUUGACAUGAUGCUGUGGCGCCACGCCCGACACCUCCUGGAGCAGGUGCGCCUCCGCGACCUGGGCUGCUUCUCGGCACAGCUGGGCUUCGAGCUCAUUGGCUGGCUGUGCCGCGAACGGAACCGCGUGGCUCACGUAGAUGAUUUUGUUUCGGCGUUGAAAAUGCUCCAUAAGGAUUUUCUCUGGCCGUUUCCUGUUAUUCCCUUGGGAAGCCUGAGCUCGCCCCUGAAGAACGGACGGUGUCGCACAGUGCUGAGCACGAGGCUGCUGAAGUCGCAGUCAGCCGACAGCCUGUUGAACAGCGACAUGGACACAGCGCUCCUUCAGGCAGAUCCCACCAAGCACACCUGGCUGGACGGACUGGGGCAGGGGGCCAAAGACAUGGACACGGCCUCGUCGGCUCACUCCAGCCAGCACUCACCACAGACACACGACGCCUUCCUGUCACUGCUCACCAACAAAGUGGAGGAGUACAGCAUCGGCUCGGCCACAGACCUCACAGAAACCAGCUCAGUGGUGGACGGUGAUUGGACGAUGGUCGACGAGAACUCGUCCACCCUGAGCCUGAGCCAGGCCGAGCUGGAGCACAUCUCCAUGGAGCUGGCCAACAAGGGCCCGCACAAGUCGCAGGUGCAGCUCAGGUACCUGCUCCAUGUGUUCAUGGAGGCCGGCUGCCUGGAGUGGUGCGUGGUGAUAGGUUUGAUCCUGCGGGACUCCAACGUGAUCAAGCAGGUGAUCAGCUUCCUGGACAGCCCAGAGGUUCCCCAAGAAACUGUGCAGAAUGUCCGGAGCGGCUUGUUGGCUGUGGACACAUGGGUCUCCACUGACUGCCUGGGAUACAAACCAUUUCUCAACAUGAUCCAGCCGCAGCUGCAGCAGCUGAUCGACUCGGCGUCGGAGCAGGUUUUGCCAGAGUCUUCCCAGCCGACCAGCCAGGGCUCCAAACUGGGAGGCUCUGAAGGUCUGGGAGGUGCUGCCGCGCCCCGGCCCGAGGACAGCAGAGGGGCCGCGGCUCCGCUGGGCCUGUCGCUGCCCUCCCUCGAACCUGCGGGAGGUUUUCCACGCCCCCCCUCCGAGGACUGUCCCCCAGAGCAGACAGAGGAGCAGGGGGACGAGGAGGGAGCCUACGACUGCACCCUGUCAUGAAGCCAGGCGCCUCCUCUGGACUCCGUAUGACCUCGAGCCUGGAGGAGGCAGUGGCUGACUGGAAAUGGACCUAAUUGGUGUGAGUGUGUUUGAGAGCGUGCACAGAAAGUACGCCUUGCUGGUUCUUGCAGUAUUACCUGCUCUUCAGAUUUGCCCUCGGUGUCGACUCGAGGCCCUGUGGACGCUGAGCAUCAGAAACUUCACGGCACAACUGGAUGGGAUCCGUCUGCCGUCCAACAGGCCUCACUUUACCAAAACGCUCUGUCAGAAUAAAGGUCACCUGUGUGAGCGUGUCGUGGUGUUUGGAAGCUGUGGACCAGCGCAGGAAGGCACCAGGUUUUUAAUCCAACACAAGUUGCCCGGCACUCGGUCCAGUGCAAUUGAAAACUUUUGAUUUGAUUUGUUUUGGUCAGUGUCUUGUUGUGUCAAUCGGUACAAGAAUUAGCUCGGAGACAAAUAACCAGAGUGUGUUGGAUCAUCAUGUAGAACAAAGCUCUUUUUUCAGGAUGCGCUGGAAGUGUGUCUGAGCCUAAAGUGUGCGCACAAGAGGUGUUUCACACUUUGCAUACCUCAACUGACUUCAAACUAUUUUUGUGAUACCUUUUUCAAUGACGUGUGUACAGGAGAACAUUAUUUUUCUAUCAAGUACACACCCUGUCCCUCUCUGACGAGCAAAAGGUUCAUGGUAUGAAUUCUGUGUAAUUCAAGACGACUGACGACCUGAAGACCUUCGAAGAUAACGGUCUCUGGAGGAGAGUCUGUGGUUGCGAGUGCAGAAGUGUUUUUACCACUGAUCAGUACCUCUCUCUGUUCAUGUAUUUUUCAUGCCCCCCCUCUCCCCUCUCCCCUCCUCCCCGACCUUGGUGAAGUGCAGGAGUAAAACAAACAUUUGAAUUGGGAGUUGGAGCCAGAAGCGGCUUUUCUCAUCGUGGUCCAGGUUUUUUUAGACAAAGAGCAAAGUCGUGUUAAGUGUUCCUGAUGUGAGCAGAUUUAAAGGAGACACAUUCUGCUCAGAUUCAUCAUUUUAAUGUGUGUCACUGUUUGAAAAGGUUUAAUGUUGUCGUCUUGUGCAUUAUGCAAAUAUCGGGCAUCUUGACGUCAUGUGACAGAAUCACGUAGAAUCUUCAGCAGGACUAUUGGACAAGGUUCUGCAGGUGCGCCUGAGGGAGAUGCUCCCUCUGCCGCAGACUUUUUAAACUUUGCAGAACUUUAAUAUUCACACGGAUACAUGUUUAACACACUGGAGGAAGGAAAACCUGCAAAGGCAUCGUGCGUCUCCUUUAAAGCUGCAGAGUAGCAGAGGUGGUGUGCUGUAAAAACCAAAUCGUGACACAUUUGUUUUUCAGUCGGAUCGCUAACAUUGUGUUAUUGAAGCCGUCUUACCCUGCAGGUUUUUUCCCCCCCGACGUGUCCCUUUGCAUCCGAAGCACAAUUUGAUUCUCUGUGUUCACGCGUCAGCAUCGUUCUGACAAAGAGGAUGAAAUUGAAGUCGGUGUGGCCUCUGCCCCGGGUUGUUUGAUGGACGACGCGGAAUCGAACCUUCACCGUGUGAUCAGGACAAACAUUUCAUUCAGUCCAUUGUCCAUGUCGCCUCCCUGAACCAGUAUGGAUAUAUUCCCAACGCGUGUACCACAUUGUAUGGUUGACAGAUUUUUUUGACAUGUUUGGUGACUUCCAUCACAUGGGAUUGAUUUUUAAAUAUGUUAGUCAUCAUUAUUAACUAUUAUUUAUUGGCAUUAUAGCUGAAUGAUCUUUGCUGAAUUGAUACCUGGACGUGUGCUUGUAUUUUAAUUUUUUUUUUUUAUGACUGAUGACUUUUCCUCCUUUUAGUUCAUCGGUCACGUAUUGGCUCCAUAAGCACUAAAAGGUUUAUCACAGUUACGUCAGUAUUACGUCGUGCAAUGCGUUGAAAUGUUACUCCGCUUCUUUUCAUUAUGUUCCUUCUCCCAGCUUUUACUUUUCAUGAACGACCAAAUCAGGCGAAUAGACACGUGUUUUCUCUCUUGUGCCGUUUGUGCAAGACGAGUUUAAAAGUCAACAUUUUCCUCUAAUGCGGUUUCUGUCUUAUCUUCUUAACAAAAGGGCAAAUUUAAAACCACCUGUGUCCCCCCUCGUCCCCGGCCCUGAACCCAGGCUACAGCUCCACCUCGCUGCUCCGCUGUACGCUUCUACUUGACUUGAAUAAACGAAACAAAAGAACACGGUGACUUGAUGAACCAAAGACUUAACGUCCAGAGGCCUUCUGUUGGGAGCUCGAUCGAGCACUUGAGUCAUUAUGCAGAGGGAACCAAACCUCACACACACACACACACACACACACACAACCCAUCCUUCUCAUUGGAAACGACCAUCAACGCACAGAAAGAAGUUCCUCUCUGCAAAGAGCAGUAUUUCGGAUCUUGUGGUGGUUUCCUUCUCUGCAGGCGAGGAGGGGGUCAGCCAGGUGCGUCUCGCGGUACUUUCUCGUAGGGGGGGGGGGGUGUGUCACGCGUCCACCCAGACUCCCCCCCCCCCCCCCCCCCCCGCCCCCGUGUACAGUGUAAACGUGUUGUUUCCUCAGCAGGAGCAGCAGAGUCUCCUCAUUGCAGUGUAAAGAAACUCUUGUACAUUUGCCUUUUCUACUCAUGUUUGGUUUUUCUACUUUACAGUUGUUUUUUUCCUUGUACAUAAAGAUCAAUAAAUUAUUUUUAAAAAUG